GUGAUACGCCACUGUGCAGUGGCAGUAAAUAUCAUAACCUCACUUUUCGUGUGUAAUCAUAACAAAUAGAUCUCGACUGAAUAAAGUGUUAAAUAGCAUAAAAUAAUGACUCGUCACGCCAGAAAUUGCACUGCAGGUGCUGUUUACACUUACCACGAGAAGAAGAAGGAUGCCAGGGCCUCUGGUUACGGUACGAAUGCACAACGUAUUGGGAAAGACUCCGUGAAGGAUUUCGAUUGCUGUUCCUUGUCCUUACAACCUUGUGCAAAUCCCGUUAUCACCAAAGACGGGUACUUGUUUGACAAGGAGGUCAUUCUGCAAUACAUCAUUACCAAGAAAACUGAAUAUAGUCGAAAAUUAAGGCAAUACGAAAAAUUGAAAAAGCAAGAAGAGGAACAAAUACAAACGAAAUUCAUGGAAGAAGACAACAAGAAAGUAAACAACUUCCUUAAAGGCGAAAAUAACAUUGUCAGUAAACCGAUUGACGGCUUUAAACCUGAUGAACCAAGUACUUCCUCUGUCUCAAAUAUGGUCAAUGGUCUUGACAAGCACCUCCCCAGUUUCUGGGUUCCUUCCAAAACGCCGAACGCUGAAAAAUUAAAGUUGGUGAAACCUGACCCGACAAUACCCUGUCCAAUAUCCGGCAAGCCUCUGAAGGCCAAAGACUUGGUUAACGUAAAAUUUAUGCAGGUGAACGAUCCGGAUGAUAAGAAGUGUUUGAUUACGAAAGAAAAUCGUUACAUGUGUGCAGUUACGCAUGAUAUUUUAAGCAAUUCCGUGCCAUGCGUCGUGCUGAAACCCACGGGUGACGUGGUUACUGUCGAGUGUUUCGAAAGGAUUAUUAAAAAGGACUGGAUACAUCCGUUAACCGGAUCAAAGCUGAGUGAGAAGGAUAUCAUUGUAAUGCAACGGGGGGGCACUGGAUACGCGCAGACUAAUGUUAAUUUGGAAGGCAAGCACGAACGGCCCGCCUUACAGGCGUAAAUCUUAUGUAAGUUAUUUAAAUUUAAUGUCUGUUGAACUUAUGCCCCUUUUCAUAUCGUAAAAGUUGUAAAUUUCGAAAAAAUAGUGAUCUUUGAGGAAUAAAAUGUUAAUAUGA